AGUUCUAUUUUGCUCUUCUUUAGUAAAGCUGCUAUCAAACAACCAAAAAAUGUUCAAAUAUUUUGCUCUCGUUUUCGUGGCCCUCUUCGCCUUCGCUGCUGCCGAGCCUAAACCCGCAGUUGUCGCACCAUUGGCCUACUCUGCUCCAUUGGUGGCUUCGCCCUACGCCGCCGCCUACGCCUCUCCGUAUGCUGCUUACGCUGCUGCGCCUUAUGCCGCCUACGCUUCACCUUACGCUGCCUACUCCGCUUACCCAUACAGUGCCGCCUAUGUGCUCCGCAAAUGUUCAAUUUUACUCUACUACAGUAAAACAACAAUCAACUACAAAAUAAUCAAAAUGUUCAAAUACUUCGCUCUCGUAUUUGUGGCUCUCUUCGCCCUCGCUGCUGCCGAGCCUAAGCCCGCUGUUGUCGCACCAUUGGCCUACUCUGCUCCAUUGGUUGCCUCGCCCUACGCCGCCGCCUACGCUUCCCCAUAUGUUGCUGCUCCUUAUGCCGCCUACGCUUCCCCUUACGCUGCCUACUCCGCUUACCCAUACAGCGCCGCCUAUGUGCUCCGCAAGUAAAUGGAAUAUAGCUGAAAAAGACUGGAUAAACACCUUGAAAAUAAUUUUAGAAAAAAUAAAACAAAAUCAUA